UUCGCUUGUCACCCCUUCAACUUCAGAAUCCGCAACUGGUCCCUGAAUAAUAAAGAUUCCCGUUCGCUGUCCUUUGCAAACAUCGUGAUCUCUUUUUUGCUGUUACUCAACCUCACAGGGCUUCAACAAGCACACUUCAAACAUGAUUCCUCGGCUAUCAAAGUUGUUCCGAAUGCACCGUACGAAUACCCAAUCCAUUGUAAUAUUUCACCUACUACUCCUCGCAGCCCUGAUAGGAACCAUACACGUAUUCCUUUGAAAGAUUCUGCCAAGACAUCAUUGAAACCCCACGGAAGAAACUGGAGACUGGAAAUCGGUGACAGGGGGAGGGGAUCCGGUAUCAAAAGCUGUGGCCUAGAUAAAGGCAUUGCUUGCUUCUCCGUGAGCUUCUUUUCCGCGCGAACUUUAUCGCGGCUCCAUCCACCCUCGUGGGCGAAAGCCCAAUCCUCGGGGCUUGCAUCUACGUACUUGCCCCCGACACUCGGCUAUCUGGAGGCCAAUCCCUCAAUUAUUGUCCAUCAUGUCUAGCAUCUUUACCUUUAACCCAUCGCCUCCUAAACCCGCCUCUCCAUGGGCGAAUAACACCCCCGCUCAUCCUACUCCAUCUACAACGCCAAAUCCUAAGGCCGGAUCGCCGGAUUUGAUCGAUGAUGGUGCUCCGGGGCAUUUGAGAGCCAACAAUAACUCCGGCAAGAUCCGAAAACAUUUCAUGGAAGAUGGCGACAGAGAAGGGGUUGUUAUCUCCAGUGGGAAGAUGGUAAAAGGCUUGGCCGCCGAACCUCAGAUGGGCGCCACUGAAUACAAGCUAAGUCUUGCUAGAGGUGGAAAGAGUGAGGCGCGAUUGGACCAGUUGGUGACUCAAUUGCUCUGGAGGUUACAACAGAGUAGCCCGUACCACGCUAACUCCCUUGACUCAAAGUCUCCCGAAGCAAUCUCCUCGCUGGUUCAGGAGUCUCAAGGCGCGCUCUACGAAAUCGGGGUUGCCGAUGAUGGCAAACUUAUCGGGCUUUGCGAGGAGGAACUGCAAGAAUCUCUGGACACUUUGCACAUAAUGGCCGCAAGACUAGGAUGUACUGUUAGAGUACUUCGCAAGGAAGCUGUUGGUACAGGCCAGAUGGACGAACAAAAUGUGGAAGGGGUGGGCUUCUCAGGCUCCGAGGAGAGUUUCGGCAUUCCCAAAGUUGGCGACCCGCUAUGGGUCGUAGAAGCCUUUGUCCAACCGGGCCAUGGACAAAACUGCACCCCCCGAGGGCCCGCUCCGGAACAAAAUGUGGCGCAGCCAGGGAUUAGAAGGAAGACUGAGCAACUUAGGAUUACGCUGACAGGGGCCACUACUUGUGGAAAAACCACCCUCUUGGGGACCCUGAGUACUGGCGAGCAUGACAACGGGCGUGGGAAAAGUAGAAUCUCGCUGCUCCGCCACAGACACGAAUUGGUGUCUGGUAUCACCUCAUCCGUGACAUGGGAGAUCUUGGGUUACAUGCCCGAGGUCUCCAAAGCGGAGCUCAAGUCCGCAAGCCGCAAUGGUGGGCCGUCGAGGUUGGUGAAUUAUGCCUCGGGUAAUAUAUCCUCUUGGACCGACAUCCACGCAGCGGCAGAUGGAGGAAGAAUUGUUUUUCUGUCAGACUCUGCCGGCAAUCCCAAGUUCAGUAGGACCACAUUUAAAUCGCUUAUUGGGUGGGCACCACAUUAUGCCGCUUUUCUUGUCACUGCAAAUGAUGAUGAGACUUUGGGUGCCGAGGUGUCUUCCGGUUUGAGCAAAGCUAGCCUCGCUCAUCUCAAUCUUUGCUUGGAAUUAGGCCUAAGAAUGAUCGUCGUCUUCACGAAACGGGACCUAGGUACCAAGACGGGAUUGAAAAAAGUGUUUGGGAACUUGUUGACCAUUUUAAAGCAGGGUGGGAGGAAGCCUGCCCCACUCUCUACAAGUGCAAGCGUUAAGGAUGUCGUGAAGCUCGUGGAAGGUGACCCCGAACACACGGUGCCCAUUUUGUUUACUUCAUCUGUCAACGGACAAGGGGUUGACCUACUCCAUGAGUUGAUUAUGAGACUUCCAGUACCUGAGCCCCCUGAAGCACCGAGGGCGGUUGUAAUGGAGGAAGACUGCGGAUUGUCCACUUUGUUCCAUCUCGAGGAAAUCUAUGGAUUUCAACCCGCGCAUAGUGCAGAGGAUGGGAAUCGGGGGGCUGUGGUUGGUGGGCAUGUCAAGUAUGGGAAAAUCUCUAUUGGUGAUGAGUUGCUGGUUGGGCCCCUAACGCCUGUCGACCAUACCAGCAACCCGCCAUCAGCCGAAGGGACUCCUGCUACUCCUGCCCCCCAUCCUCUGCUAUCACCAUCUGUCGGCCAUUUGCCGGGGCUCAUGUCCAAGAGCCCAGACAGUGCUAACGAGACGAGGGCCACCUCUCGUAAGCGAUCCGGACUAAAAAUCACACGUGGUGACGAUACUGUGCAUAGCAGUGCGUCUGGCGAGGACUGGGAGUGGAAAUUGGUAAAAGUUGUUUCCGUUCGCAGACUCAGGCUACCGGUGAAUAUUCUCUUCGCUGGUGAAGCUGGCACUCUCGGAAUCAUGCCUAUCCAGCCAGCGCCCCAUCUUGAUACACCUCUCGCAGGCCCAGUACCGAAUUCGCAAUUGCAUUUGAGCGGGUUAGGGUGCGAGACAAAAUCAAAGAACAGUAACGACACCAUCAAGUUGCAAAAUGGUUCCCUAGGUACACCGGCAAAUAGCGCAAAAGCCGUGGCGUUCGCAAACCUUCAGACCAUCGCUCCACCCGUUCUUUCUACGAAGCUCCGAAAGGGUAUGGUAAUCUUCAAUCGCCCCUCCUCAUUCGCCGCGAGCUCUUGUCCACAGGGAUAUACUGGCUUUACAACCAAUCUCGGCGAUGAAGCCAAUUCCCUUAUCUCCGGCAGCAGUGUAGUCGUGUACAUUGCUUCAAUCCGCGCCAUCGCAAGACUUGUCUCUAUCGAACCACUACUUAUCAGGAGUGAUGAGAUAUUCAGUCUCGAUUACGAUGAAGAGAUUAAGGAGGCGAAACACGCAGAUGGGGAAGGAGUAGGAAGGAAAUUCAUGUUUGAGUUCGACCAGGGACGGGCAGAGUGGAUUGAAGUAGAUGACAAAGUACUGAUAGUUCCUGGCGGAGGAAAGAGAGGACUGGACGUAUUUGCCGGCAGGGUUGUUGAGAGACUGUUUUGAAAUGGUGGACUGGCGAAGUACUAACUUAGUAUUAUAGGUAGAAAUGGUUGGCCAUGAGGGGGGUUUUUUUUUUCAGUUUUGCUGUUAUUGCAGGUCGUGUUGUUAUUAGUGGGCCCGUAGGCUUUGUGUGGAAGAUUUCUAGAUUUUUAGAUUUUUAGAUUUUUUUUUUUUGAUAGAUUUUUGGAUAAUAUUAUUUAGUCAGCUUUGA